CACGUGGUUGCGAAGCCAACAACUGCAUUUACUUGACGUCGAGAGUCAGUUUAUCGUGCGAUUUCGUAUCGAACGGUUGCGCUCGGAAAAAGUCAAUAAUAAGGUGGCACAUAUAAUAAGUCAAAUACACAGUUAGUAUUUGUUUGCAGUUGACUUACUUUUUUACUUAAACGGUAUAUAUUUUUGUAACUAUUUGAGUGAGGCAAGAGUUUAGAAAAUCCGGCUCGAAGGACCAAAAAAAGGUUUUGGCCUAAGAUAUUUAAAAGAAUCGAAUCAAAAUAGGCUACUACGACAAUAGUAUUAAAAUGGCACUGCAAGCAGCUGAAGGACCAAUCAGAUAUGGUCUAGCGUCAGAAUGGGAUCGAUUGGCAGCUUAUAGGACUUACCAUCAACGUCAGAGGUCUGAUAAUGAUGAGGCAAACAUCAACUUACCAAAAGAUCCAAGACAAUGGACUAGAGAAGAUGUAAGUCAAUGGCUCAGACACAUCACCACCAUCCACAACCUUCCAGAAGUUCCUUCGUCCAGGUUUUUGAUGAACGGAAAAGCUUUAUGUCUUAUGUCACCUAGUAUGUUCCUAUCCAGGGUACCUUUAGGAGGCAAACUUUUGUACAAAGAUUUCCAGUUGAGGCUUUGUGCAGCUAUGUAUUCCAGAAAUUAGUUUUUAGAUGGGUGAUUAACAGUGAUUUAGUUUAUGCGGUUGUUUUUAUGGAAUGUCAAAUUAUUAAAAAUUAUAUAGGCAUUAUUGUAAAGUAUUCGUCUACCUCAUUAAUUUGUCUAUAAUUCGCAGCUUCUGGCACAUCAAAUUAUUAUUAUGAAAAACACGAUGUUCCAUAAUUAUUCUUCUAACAAUAAUGAUUUUAUUAUUGUCAGUUGAUAAUAGAGCCAGUAGACUGAUUUAUUAGUUUUUAGUUUUUGUAAAACAUUUUAUGUAUAUUUUUUUUUUUUUGCUAGUCAUGUAAAU